AUGCCUGUUAGAGUAAACUACCAACUCUUGUCAAUGCAUAUGCGGUUUGAUGCAUGUUCGAUCGCUCGAAGAUUAACCAUCUAUAUCAAUUUAGAUAUUCGCUGGCUGGCAUAUCAGUUUCCUAGAAACCCUUAUCAAAUCUAUCAAAUAGAAGGAGAAAAUAUUUUUCUAAUAAGCGUCUUCAUAAUUGCAAGGGGUCUUGGAAUCACGAAUGUGACUUAUCUCUUACAGCUGACCGAUUUCAUUUGGCAAUGGGUUCUGAAUGUAAAUCAGCGAAGAGUUUAUCGGUCCGCACAACCAACGACCCUAGCAGAAGUUGAGGAUUUUGUUAUGAGACAGCGUUUUAAUGCUCGGCCGGUGGACCGUCAACCGUUUUCUCAAGAAGAUGAUCUAUUAAACGGAUCGCCAAACAUGUUCUAUGAAAGAUAA